CGGCGAGCAAAUCGUAUAUGUCAGACUCGUGGCAGAGGGGUCAGCGCGAGGGAAAGAACGAUACGAAAUCGAACGUUUUCUGGGCUUAGCGGGAACGUGAGACACGCGCACACAAGCGGGCAGGAUGAACGACAUGGAGGCCUACGGGGAUGGAUACAUGGCACCCGAGGAAGAAUGGGAGAGGGAGGGUCUCUUGGAUCCCGCUUGGGAGAAGCAGCAAAAAAAGACAUUCACAGCUUGGUGCAACUCGCAUCUACGCAAAGCAGGCACUGCCAUCGAAUCGAUCGAAGACGAUUUCAGGAAUGGGUUGAAACUGAUGUUAUUGCUUGAAGUCAUCUCAGGUGAGACUCUUCCGAGACCCGACAGAGGCAAAAUGAGGUUCCAUAAGAUCGCCAACGUGAACAAAGCCCUCGAUUAUAUCGCUAGUAAGGGCGUUAAGCUGGUUUCAAUUGGUGCGGAAGAAAUCGUUGACGGCAAUCUAAAGAUGACUUUGGGAAUGAUAUGGACCAUUAUCUUGAGAUUCGCAAUCCAGGAUAUCUCUGUGGAGGAGAUGACCGCGAAGGAAGGACUGUUACUUUGGUGCCAACGCAAAACGGCACCGUACAAGAACGUCAACGUUCAAAACUUCCAUUUGUCCUUCAAGGAUGGUCUCGCGUUCUGCGCUCUUAUCCAUCGUCAUCGGCCCGAUUUGAUCGACUACAAUAAACUUAGCAAAGAUAACCCUCUGGAGAACUUGAACACUGCCUUCGAUGUCGCUGAAAAGUAUCUCGACAUUCCUCGCAUGUUAGAUCCCGAUGAUUUGAUCAACACUCCCAAGCCGGAUGAGCGAGCUAUCAUGACGUAUGUGUCCUGCUACUACCACGCGUUCCAAGGUGCCCAGCAGGCAGAGACAGCGGCUAACAGAAUCUGCAAGGUACUGAAGGUGAACCAAGAGAACGAGCGUCUCAUGGAGGAAUACGAGCGCUUGGCUUCCGAUUUACUCGAAUGGAUACGACGAACGCUACCAUGGCUCGCGAAUCGACAGACUGAUAAUUCCCUCGCCGGUUGUCAAAAGAAACUGGAGGAGUACAGGACAUAUCGGCGCAAACAUAAGCCGCCGCGUGUCGAACAGAAAGCCAAGCUGGAAACGAAUUUCAAUACUCUUCAGACGAAACUGAGGCUGAGCAACAGACCGGCGUAUAUGCCCACAGAAGGAAAAAUGGUAUCCGACAUAAAUAAAGCGUGGAGAAAUUUGGAAUUGGCCGAAAAAACGUUCGAGGAUUGGUUAUUGUCCGAGAUGAUGCGUCUGGAGCGACUGGAACAUUUGGCGCAAAAAUUCAAGCACAAGGCAGACGCUCACGAGGAUUGGACCGCCGGCAAAGAAGAGAUGCUCACGUCUCAACACUUCCGGCAGUGCAAAUUAAACGAACUUAAGGCCCUGAAAAAGAAGCACGAGGCUUUCGAGUCAGACCUUGCUGCUCAUCAGGAUCGCGUAGAACAGAUCGCGGCUAUUGCUCAAGAACUCAACACCCUCGAGUACCACGACAGCGCAUCUGUGAACGCCAGAUGCCAACGUAUUUGCGAUCAAUGGGAUCGCUUGGGUACGCUCACUCAACGUAGACGUCAAGCUCUCGAUGAAGCCGAGAAAAUUCUGGAGAAGAUAGACGUCUUACAUCUAGAAUUUGCCAAGCGCGCUGCUCCAUUCAAUAAUUGGUUGGAUGGAACUAGAGAAGAUCUAGUGGACAUGUUUAUCGUCCACACAAUGGAAGAGAUCCAAGGUCUGAUGGAUGCGCACGCUGCAUUCAAGGCCACAUUAGGCGAAGCAGAUAAAGAGUACAAUUCAAUUGUGGGAUUGGUGCGUGAAGUCGAAUCCAUAGUCAAGCAAUACCAGAUUCCUGGCGGCCUAGAGAAUCCUUACACCACUCUCACUGCAAUGGAUCUUACUAAGAAAUGGAGCGACGUUAGACAAUUAGUCCCUCAACGCGAUGGUACCCUAGCAGCUGAACUUCGCAAACAACAAAAUAAUGAACUGCUUAGACGACAAUUCGCUGAAAAAGCCAAUGUUGUUGGACCAUGGAUAGAACGUCAGUUAGAUGCCGUAACUGCGAUUGGUCUCGGUCUUCAGGGAACUCUCGAGGAUCAGUUGCAUCGUCUGAAAGAGUACGAACAGGCUGUAUAUCAAUACAAGACUCAUCUUGAAGAAUUGGAGAAGAUUCAUCAAGCGAAGGAAGGUAUGAUUUUCGAGAACCGCUACACUCAGUAUACCAUGGAAACGCUGCGCGUUGGUUGGGAACAGCUUCUGACGUCGAUCAAUCGCAACGUUAAUGAAGUCGAAAAUCAAAUUCUCACCAGAGAUUCGAAGGGUAUCACUCAAGAACAGUUGAAUGAAUUCCGCAGCAGUUUCAAUCAUUUCGACAAAAACAGGACAGGUCGAUUGGCACCGGACGAAUUUAAAUCCUGCCUCGUGUCUCUGGGGUACUCUAUCGGGAAGGACAGACAGGGCGACAUCGACUUCCAACGAAUCCUGGCCAUUGUCGAUCCUAAUAAUUCAGGCUAUGUGCACUUUGACGCUUUCCUCGAUUUCAUGACACGCGAGUCUACUGAUACUGAUACGGCGGAACAGGUCAUCGACAGUUUCCGCAUUCUCGCUGGUGACAAGCCUUACAUCUUGCCAGACGAAUUGCGGCGAGAAUUACCACCGGAUCAAGCGGAAUAUUGCAUUCAACGAAUGCCUCCAUACAAAGGACCGAGCGCUAUACCUGGAGCAUUGGACUAUCGCUCCUUCUCAACGGCUCUAUAUGGUGAAUCUGAUUUGUAAAUUUACGUAAUAAUCGAUAUUAUUCGAUACGGAAUAAUAUCAAAAAAAAAAGAUACAAAAAGCGAAUCAGAUAUUGUCAAUUGACAAAUGAACGUCUCAAAAUUACUCCUACUAUUUUAAUACUUUAACACAUCAACGUAUUUUCAUGUGGCGAUACGUUUUAAAUGGAACUCAGUAUGAGAGAGUACAAUACAUACAAUAAUAUGUCAUUACUCUAAAUACUAAUAAUUGUACGUACGUGUAUGUGUGUGUGUGUGUAUAUAUGUAUAUAUAUAUGUAUAUGUAUACAUACACACUCGAGGUUAUUGGAAUGUUUGAGGUAAGAAAGCGGAUGAUGUCAUUUUAACGCAAAGGGAUCUAAGUGUGUCAAAAUAGAUAAUUAAGAAUAUCUUCCACAUGAAUGGAAAUCACAUAUCAAAUAUACGUACAAGGAAAGAAGAUUUACGUAACUUAUAUAAGUCUGUUAACGUGACAAUAAUGAGUAUCAAAUAUAUUUAGAUACCUUUCGUUAAAAGGAUAGGUAACGUAAAUAUAGACACGAAGUUCGAAAUCAAUGUACUCUUCUAGAACGUUUUGCUACAUGCUUGCUCUUUUAUUCUUUUAUGUAGUCUACACUGAAACGAGACAACUUGAAUUUUAUUCUUUUUUUUCUUUUUGGGAUGGUAAGUGCCAAUGUUAGAUAAGAUCGUGUAUGCAAUUCUUCUCUUUUAAUAGAAAGGAAUUGCGUCUUAGACUGGUAAUUAUGGCAAAAAGAAAAGGCUCACAUAAUUGGAUAUGCAGUUAGUGAGUGCAUUGAUACUAGAGGCUCUCCGAAUUAUCAUUAGAAUAAUAUUACUGGAUAUUUAUUCUAAAGUCCUAAUAGUCUACAUUUUGUAUUUGAUUAUAGAGCGAAAGAUAUAUAUAUAUAUAUAUAUACAUAUAUUUUUAGAAUUGCAAUUUUUGCUAUUGUAGCAUAACAAUUUAACAAUGUUUUUGGAUUGAAUUUUUCUGACCGAAUCCAUUGUAUCUUCAUUAUAUUUUACAAUCGUAUUAUGUUCGUUAAUAACUUAAACGUGUCCCCUUUAAAAAUUGCCAAGUUUUAUACAUUGCAUAUCGGGUGCACAUUCCGUAAGGCCAUAGAUCAAUGUUCGCACAAACAUCAAACUAAAAGAGAAAUCGUCAAGAUGUUAAAA